UGGGGUUGUACUCUGGCACAGCUCCAGCGCAGAUGAAUCUAAUGUUUUGAGGAGUAUAUGUAGCUGUCAGUCACCGCACCGGUGUGGAUAUUUACUGUUCUUCACAAUCACAGAUUAGUCUACGUCUUGGAAUAUAUGACCCAAAUAAGAAUUUUCGGCGGAUAUUGUCAUCUGAACAAACCUGCAGCAAGAUGUUGGUUUUCUUUUUCUGUCUGCUCUCUUUGACACCAGCAGCUACUGAAGUGGGGUCUCGGUGGUAAGUGGUUCUGUUUCCAACCAAGACCAACACCAGCUUUGUUCAACAUGGGUCAUUCCACAAAAUUGGUGCCUUUUGCGUCCCUAAGAAAUAAUCAAACAUAGAUUUAAUAUAACAACAAAUAAAUUUGCAAUUUAAAAACAUAAAGAUACUAUGUAUUCUUUCAUCAAUAUUACAUCAAAUAUUAUUUUAAAUAAUUUAAAUAGCAUUUAUGCUGUUAAGGGUAAGGGUUUUGGCCUGUCCCUCACUAUGAUUUUUCUUUUUCAGCAGGACUUUUAAUUUGCAAAAUAUUUUUGGCACAAGUAUGCAUUUUUUCUAUAAAAAUGUAAAUCUUUUUUUCUUUUUUUGGUGCCCCCUGAUUUCAUGUCAGCCCUGUUACCCUCAUCAAAAAACCCUUGUAAAAUACUGUACAUUCAAGUGGCAUCACUUCUAGGAGGAUACGCCAUCUCUCAACCAGGAUUCCUACACUUAAAACACAAGCAUGUUUCUCUCUCACUUCUAUAAUGUUCUAUUUUUGAUCAUUUAUAAGGCUUGACUGAGGGGGCAUCAUGCAGUGUCAAUACUGUUAACAUUUUUAAAAUGUAAAUUUAAACAAUUAUUUAAUACAUUUAAUAUAAUCAAUAUCUACAAGUAAAAUCCUUUCAAUGUGUACAUGUGCUUUUCUGAACUUGACUGGAAAUUAGCAAAUUAGUUUGAAAUCAUCAAACCUAUUACUGUCAUCCCCGUUACUUUUCAGGGUAACAGGUUUUGACAUUUGGGUAACAGGGAUGACAUAGAUUAGGUGUCACCCUGUUUUUAAAGAUUGUCUGUGUAAAAUGCAAACAUUUUAUGUUAGAAUUACGUAAAGUAAGUAGUUCAGGGAUUGUAGACACGAUUACUCUGGACACUCUGCAUAGCCUCGGACUGCUAUGCCAGUCAGACCCAGUGGCCUAUGAAGCAGCGGAGUCUCCCACAGGCACCGGCCACUCCCGGAGGAGAUGGAGGCGGUGCGACAGGAAACGGAAGCGUGGCAGCCGGGGAGGAUUAACAGCUAAGCUAAAGGCUAACCCAUGCAGAACGCCGCUUCCAUCCAUUCUGCUUGCUAAUGUCCGCUCCGUGGAGAAUAAAUUGGACUAUCUGAAGCUGGACUUAACAACUAAACGGGAGAUGAGAGACCAUUGUACCAUAAUUCUGACGUAAACAUGGCUAAACCCUUCCGUUUCGGAUGACGCUGUGAGUAUAGAGGGGCUAACAAUAUUCAGGUCAGACAGGAGCUGUGUUCUUAGUGGAAAAUCACGGGGUGGCGGUGUGUGCAUUUACACAAACAACAGCUGGUGUAAUAAUGCUGCAGUGGUCUCAAGUUAUUGUUCUCUGGAUGUAGAGUUCUUGUCUAUUAAAUGCAGACCAUUUUAUCUGCCUAGGGAAUUUACAACUAUCAUCAUUACAGCAGUGUAUAUUCCACCUAGUGCAAAUACUAAGGAGGCCCUGAAUGUGCUCUAUCGUUUCAUCAGUGAUCUGCAAGACUCACAUCCGGAGGGUGUUUUCAUUGUGGCAGGGGACUUUAACCAGGCCAACAUGGGGACAGUUCUCCCUCAUUUCCAUCAGUAUGUGGAUUUUGCCACCAGGGGUCAAAAUAGACUGGAUUUAGCCUAUACUAACAUCAAGAAGGCUUUUAAGUUCAAGGAAGCUCCAACUGUAAAUCAACAUAUCAAUGUGGAGGAGUAUGCGGCAUCUGUGUCUGCGUAUAUUCAGAAGUGUACGGAGGAUGUAGGUGUCACUAAGAACAUCAUUAUACGAGCAAAUCAGAAGCCCUGGAUGACUGGUGAGGUACGUGUUAUGCUAAAGGCACGAAAUGCUGCGUUUAAAACUGGUGAUAUGGUCGUGCUCAGAACAGCUAGAGCCAACUUUGAAUCGGGCCAUUAGGGCUGCAAAACGGGCCUAUUGCCAGAAAAUACAGGGUUUCUUCUCUGAUCCUACAAAUACCAAGCGCAUGUGGCAGGGUAUAAAAACUGUCACAGACUGGAAAGCUACUUCACUACCUUGCGAGGACAAUAUACAUUUUCUUAAUGAACUUUGUCACACGAAAAAGAGACAGGAUUCAGUAGCGGAUGCAAAACAAACAGUUUAUUGAUUAUCCCUAAAGACACACAAGCAUGGAGUCAAUAAUAAUCGAGCAGACAAGUCUCUGUAGCGCAGGGAUGCAAUGGGCAGCUCACCGAGGACGGAAUCCCAGGAAAGGAUAGUGAAGACGAACCCGAAACCCAGACACUGGAGCCACAGAGUGAGCGGGAGCGCGAGGACAAACAUCAAGGAUCUGACAAAACAGACGAGGUUAGCACAUCUGAUAUAGCCCCGCCAACGAGCCACACCUGGGAACGAUUAGCCCCUGGCGGUAAUCAGACACACACACACAGCACAGAUGAGACCGUGAUCCCAUGAACCGUGACAGAACUUAACACAUAUUUUGGUCGGUUUGAGGCACUGAAUAACACUCCUGCAAGAAAAGGUGUUCCUCAACCAGAUGAGGAGGUACUUAGUCUUAACACAGCUGAUGUCCGGAGGACCCUGAAAAAAGUCAACGCCCAGAAGGCAGCGGGUCCUGAUAAUAUUCCAGGACGAGUGCUGAAGGAAUGCGCUGACCAGCUGGCUCCUGUACUUACAGACAUUUUUAACACCUCACUGGAUCAGGCUGUUCCAUCAUGUUUUAAGACUGCUAUUAUAAUACCAGUGCCCAAAAAAUACACAAUAAAAUGCUUCAAUGAUUAUCGUCCGGUAGCACUCACGUCUAUAAUGAUGAAGUGCUUUGAGAGGCUGGUGAAGGACCACAUUAUUUCAAGACUACCUCCCAUGUUUGAUCCUUUCCAGUUUGCUUACCAACCCAACCGCUCUACAGAAGAUGCUAUAUCCUCUGUACUUCAUCUGUGCUUGGCCCAUCUGGAGGAGAAGAACACUCGUUCGAAUGCUAUUUGUGGAUUUUAGCUCGGCAUCCAAUAAGAUUAUCCCCCAGCAUUUGGUAUGCAAACUGGGAUAUUUGGGCCUUGGUACUCCCUUGUGUAACUGGCUACUGGACUUUUUAACAGAUAGACCUCAGUUUUUGAGGGUUGAAAAUCACACCUCCAGUAUCAUCUCUCUGAACACCGGCUCCCCUCAGGGCUGCGUCCUGAGCCCAUUACUGUUUACUAUGAUGACCCAUGACUGUCAUGUCAGGUUCAGUACAAACCAUGUUGUGAAGUAUGCGGAUGACACGACAGUGGUGGGCCUCAUUCAGGAUGACAACGAACAGGCCUAUAGGGAGGAGGUGAGGCAGCUUGUGGAUUGGUGCAAUACAAAUACAAAAAACAAAGGAGAUCAUUGUUGAUUUCAGGAAAAAGCAGCACAGACACACACCACUUAUCAUCAAUGAUACUGCUGUGGAAGUAGUCAGUAGUGUCAAGUUUUUGGGGGUGCAGAUCACAGACAGUUUGACAUGGACUGUUAACAUCGACUCUUUAGUGAAGAGAGCACAGCAACGUCUUUUUUGUCUGCGUCAGAUGAGAAGAACAGACUUUCCCUCUCCCAUCCUCAGUACUGUCUACAAAGGAAUUAUAGAGAGCAUAUUGACCAGCUGCAUCUCUGUAUGGUCUGGGGACUGUAAAGCCUCUGACUGGAGGUCUGUACAGAGAGUGGUGAGGACAGCGGAAAAGAUUAUUGGCUCUUCACUGCCUUCUAUCCAGGACCUUGCACACAAGCGCUGUCUGACUCGUGCACAAAAUAUUGCAAAAGACUCCACCCAUCCUCAUUAUGGAUUGUUUACACUGCUGCCCUCUGGGAAAAGGUUUCGCAGCAUUCGUUGCAGAACAGCAAGGUUCUGUAAGAGCUUUUUUCUACAAGCUAUCAGACUUUUGAAUUUAAAGUGACUUUUUAACCAUUUUAUCUCACUAAAUCUUUUAGUAGUGAGUUUUAUGUGAACUAAGGACAUUGAAAUAAUAGCACUUUUGCAAUGUGCAAUAAUUGUACUUAUAUGUUGUCACUUAAUAAGUGCAGUUAUUUUGUUAGAUGCCACUAAUUAUUAAUCAUUCGCUGUUGCAAUUUUUAUUUAUUUAUAUUUUUAUUGAUUGUGGUACGUUUAUGUUUAGUUUGGUGCAGUACUUAUGAGCCAGUGGAACAGAAUUUUGUUCAUAUGUGCAUUUUGUAUGUACAGUUGAAUGACAAUAAAAAAGCUACCUACCUACCUACCUACACUGUUAGACAUUUCUGUAAUUUCCACAGUUAUUUACUGUAUAUCACCCAAUAUAAUAUUGCAAAUUCCCUUUACAGUAAAUACCCUUUGCAUCAUGGGAAUUUUCUGUGAUGUCAGACCCCACAUACAGAGACUUACUGUAUUUUUUUUAAUUGCUGUAUACUACUGUAUUUGCUGUAACGGUCUCUUUGGCGCCAUUCUAUUGAGGUCGUUUUAUUUUCCUCAUUUCUUACCUUUGGAUUGACACAAUUUGCCCUACACCGUGUCUACAGCGCCGCAACAGAUUGGGACUGGCUACUGGAUGUGUUACAUCGCUUGUAAUGAUUGGAAAAAUCCAUUUGUACUUCGUGUCAGAAACAGCGCACGCGCUUGGAGUACAUCUACAUGUCAGAAAUAUACCGGGGCAUCAGUUUACUGUACGCAUUCACUGUAGAUAAUAUAUAUAAUGGGUCCUAUAUUGUUUUCUGUUGUCGAGUUAGACGUCCGAGGAAGACAUGGAAGAAGCGGGGCAGCGCCGCGGGUUUUUCCCGGGAAUGAACCCCCAAGCGUGGAAGAGCUCUGGAGAACACGCUGUGUGUCGAUGCACCUUACAAGAGAAUAAGACCAGCAAGCAAGGUUAAACAGAAGAAAGAUAGUGGGCAGGCUCAAACCUGAAUUUGAGGUCAAUCCACUUUGCAAAGAAACAGGAUCCUCUACUGUAGGUCCAGGAGCAGCUGAGCUGAACGGAUCUUCUCUCAGAUAAGAACUGACAAACACAACUCUUUUUCAUUUAGACCUGCAGCAAGAUGUUUAUGCCAGUGGUUUUAUUUCUCUGUCUGCUCUCUCUGACACCAGCAGCUACUGAAGAGGGUCUUGCUGGUAAAGUGCUUCUAUUUCCAACCAAGACUGAUACCAGUUAUGUUAAACUCACUCCUGAAAAGCGACUGAGUCUUUCAGCAUUUACACUCUGCAUGCGUGUUGCGAUGGACUUCCAGGGCACGAGAGACGUCAUUCUGUUUGCUUACCGCACACAUGACACUGAUGAGCUGAACGUGUGGAAAGAGAAAGACGGUCGUGUGGCCUUGUAUAUUCAGUCUGGUAAAAAUGGCACAUAUUUCCUUCUGCCUCCUCUCUCCACCUUCCAGACUCACCUGUGUGUUACCUGGGACUCUGCGACUGGUCUUACUGCCUUUUGGGUGGAUGGACGUCGCAGUUUGUUCCAGCUGUAUAGAAAAGGUCACUCAAUUCGUCCUGGUGGCACUCUCCUGCUCGGCCAAGAUGCUGAUGAAUAUGUGGGUGCCUUUGACGCAGACCAGAGCUUUGUAGGAGAAAUUACAGAUGUGCACAUGUGGGACUAUGUUCUCUCUGGCAGUCAGAUUAAGAUGGUUUAUUCAAACCAGGAACUGUAUGUGCCGAAGGGAAACUUGCUGGCCUGGAAGACCAUCAAAUAUGAGAUUACUGGAAAUGUGGUGGUGGCUCAAAAUAACUGAUUCUGAUCAGGUGUAAUAUCACACAGUUGUGUCAAUCUCUGUAAUCUUUUCAUUUUUUUAUUGACUUACAAAGCUGUAAGGGUUAACAAAUAAUUUUUUCUCAGCAUUACAACUCCAGUGUCUGUACAUAAUUUGGAAAAAGUGUUUCAAAAAUGUCUAAAUUCUAAAUCACUUAACUUCAGUCUAGUAACUGUUUUCUCACAAAAAGUAUGAUGAUAUAAUAUAUCCCCCCAAAGUUUACUUAACAAAAAAUGAGGUGUGAAGAGAAAAUCCCAUUCAUUUUCUCAGAGGAAUUGAUUUUUAAGUCUAGCUUGUAAAAACAGAUCUACUAUGAGCUCUGAGGUUGUUUAUCAGUGAUAUAUACUUCUGUUGAAGCCAUCAGUCUGUGUUACUUCAAAAAUGUUUAACAACACAAUUCCUGGUGAAGAACUACAUUACCCAUAAUCCUGCAGGGAAAUAUCCACCAAUCAGAGAACUGGAGCUCCGCAGGGACCGCCAACUCCCACAAACAGUGAUGCUCUGGUUAUUUUGCAAUAAACAAAUUAUAUUGUAGCUAUAAUUAUAAUUAACAACUUUAAAUCAGUAAUAUAAAAAAAAUAAAAACAUUCAAUUAUUUACAAUGCUAAAUGGUGCACUCUAGUUAGUUAAUUUCGUCAUUAAAGGCUAUGAAAGAACAACCUCCUCUGAUGAGUACGAGUCCAAACAUUAUUGGAGAAUGUUAUCAUUAUAAUGUCAAAAACACCAAAAUAUAUUUGUAACAUCAAGAUUUCAGGUUAAAAUUUAUGUUCACAAAGAUCACUUUAAUGGAAAUGUGGUGGUGACUCAAAAUAACUGAUUCUGAUCAGGUGUAACGUCACACAUUUGUGUCAAUCUCUCUGUAAUUGGCUUGCAAAGCUGUUAGUCACUUUUAGUCACUUAAAGGUUGGGUAGGCGAUUUCAGAAAAGGCUAGCAAUACCAAGCUAGCUUUGAAAGCAAGAUCCACACCCUCCCUUCAUAAUCACUUUGCAAAACCACGCCUUCCCCCAAACACACAAACAUGCUCAGUCAGACCAGAGACUAACCUGCGAUACAAUGAGAGACGGCAUUGGUGGAAGAUUGAAUGCAACGUUGUCAGAUUACCUCAUGUCUCAUUCACCAGUGAGAAAACAUUACAGUACAAAGCGCAUAAUAUUACAAUAGUUUUACUCUUUUACACCUUUUACUCUUUCUGGAACGCACUGAUGACCUAUCAUGUCUGCGCAAACAGCUGCGUAGAGGUAUACAAAUUUUGACAGGCAGGCAGGACAGCCUAUCAUAAUGUUCGGACUGAACAUUUUGAUUGGACGAACAUUUUAUGGCCCUACACCUUCCACAGACAAUAUAAAUACGUAUAAAUAAAUUUAGACCACUUAACUUGAUUACUAUCGGGAUGUGAAGAGACUUUCAACCAGCAUAACAAAAAAUAUUUUUGAACCAAAUCACCUACCCUGCCUUCAAUUUCAGUCUAGUAAAUGUUUUCUCACCAAAAAAAAUAUGAUAUAAUAUUUUUCCCCAAAGUUUUCUUAACAAAAAAAGAGGUGAAGUAAAUAUCUACAUAAAAGCUAAAUGGUGAAAGUGGUGAAACACUUUGAAGAAAUGUGACUUUGUGAACAUGAAUUUUUACCUAAAAUCAAUGUUACAAAUAUAUUUUGGUGUUUUUUUAAUAUUAUAAUGAUAACAUUUUCCAAUACUGUUUAGACUCAUUGUGCUCAUCAGAUCAAUGAAUUCAUGUUUUAUGAGCUUUUUAUGAAAAUACCCAGAUAAAAAAAAAAAAGUUAUUUUAUAGCCUUUAAUGAAGAAAUAAACUACAGUUCCAUUUAGCAUUACUUUUUUUAGAUUACUGAUUUAAAGUUGUUAAUUAUAAUUAUAGCUACACUAUAGCUUAUUGCAAAAUAAUCAGGUAUAUAAGUCAUUCAGAAGUGUAGGGAGCAAGACUCUUUUAAGGCUCUCACAGUGCUUAAAGGGAAGGGCUGUCCCUGCAGAGCUCCAAUUCUCUGAUUGGUGGAUAUUUCUCUGCAGGAUUAUGGGUAGUGUAGUUCUUCACCAGGAGUUGUGGUUUUAUACUUUUUUUUUUAAAACACCAAAUGAUAGCUUCAACAGAAACAUAUAUCAUUGAUUAAAAAAACUUUUAAAAAAUUGUCUUUACAGACUAAACUUAAAAAUCUAUUUCUCUACGGAGAGGAAUGUGUUCAUUUAAAUAAGCCUGUGGUGUGUCAUGUUUCUGUAAAAAUGAAAGACCUGCUUUGUCCUUUAAAAAGUAAUGUAUUUCUUUCAUGCUUAUGUAUGAAAUGUUAUUUAAUGGCAAUGAAGCAUUGACUGAGAAUUGAUCUACUGAUCUACUGAUUAAGACUGAUACCAGCUUUGAUAAACUCACUCCUAAAAAGCCAUUGAAUCUUUCAGCAUUCACACUCUGUCUCUGUCUCUGUCUGAGAUUAAGGCAUUUUAUUAUAACCAGGAACCAUAUGUGAAGGGAAACAUGUUUGACUGGAACACCAUCAAAUAUGAGAUUAUUGGCAAUGUGCUAGUGGUGGAAAAGCUGUGAUUUCACUGAAUAAACAUAAGUGCUGCACAUUUCAAACUCAGGUGUUGCGCUGCUUUGUAUACUGCUAUUGCCGGGGAAACUAUAUUUCUGCCUUUCUGAAAGCACCACCUGCUGGAAGACAAUGAAUUUGCAUUUUCAAUAAGCCAUCUGCCAAUGUGAAAAUCAACCCUUGUUUUAUGCUGCAAACACACAGAGUUGUAAAUGUGAACUGGUGGAUCGACAAGAAGAUAAUGCAUAAUACAAAAUGUACUGUUUUGUAAAAAACGUUAUCUGAACUGUAAAUCAUGCUUUUUACAGUCAUUUUACAGAAUAAUAUGUUACCAUAGACUUACCCUGCCCAUGUGGUAUUCAUUUUAUUUGUGAAGGUCUUAAAAAGUUUUAAAUUUGAGCUUAAAAAUCCUGCAGGUGUAACGUCACACAUUUGUCAAGUCAAGUCAAGUCACCUUUGUUUAUAUAGCGCUUUUAACAA